AUUUAUUUAUUUGAAUACGCAUCAAUUAAGUUGAUCAAGAUGUUUCAUCGUAGUAGGUUUGGUAAAAAAUCUUCCCUGCCAAUGAGAAAACAUAAGAAGAAUAAUUCGUUGAACCGACCAGAUUGGGAUGGAACGGUUAAUGAUCUCACUGUUCACGCUGCAAGUCCACAAGAUAUUUUGCGGAAUCAAAUAAAGCGAAAAUCGAAAAAUGCAGACGCUGCAAGGAGAGAGCUUCAUGCCAGAAAAAGAGGAAUCCCUGUUGAUCUGAUGUUGACUCCUGGACAGAUGAAGCUGGAAAUGCGGAAGUUGGCGAUUCUCCGGGAUGUUCUUUAUGAUCACAAUGAUUUAUCCGAAGUUUUACGAAGGACAGAUGAAACAAUGUCCUCUGUAAAGGAUAUUUUCCAAGACUCCUCAACAUGCAAGUCUGGCAAUCUCAACCUGACAGUUAUGCCAGGUCAGGUACCUAAUCGAGGGUUUAUUAGCGAAAACCAGACUCUGAAUGAAACUAAUGAUAGUGUGGGGGACGAAUACGAAGCAGAUUCUGAUCGUUAUUUGCAUUUACUUGGAGAUUCAAGUAAUCAGACACCUGGCAAACUACCUGAAGACCUCCUGCAUACCCCACAGAAUAAUAAAAACUUUCCAAAUGAAGAAUAUUCUGCUUUGAAUGGCACGCAAGAAGUUAAACGAACGUUGUCAAGAACCAACUGUGAUCAAGUAUCUCAUGAAAAAUCAAACAUCACAGACAAUAUUUCACGCAUUUCGAAAGAUGCUUCUAUUUUGCAGGGAAAAUUAAAUGCUUCUUCUGCGAUGAUUCAACCAAAAUAUGAUGAUUUAAAGUCAGCCAUGCAAAAUGUCGCCACAAAUAUUUCUUCUUUUGAGGAGAAAAGUGGACGACAGGUCCAGAAGAUGCAGGUAUCAGAUGGUUUAGGAGGCUUCACGGCAUCCCUGCUCGAUGCUGUUACUCGACUCACAAGUUAUGUGGGUGAAGGUGAAAUGAAAGUUAACAAAGUCGAGCAAACAGUUGUUGAAUUAGAAGAUAAAUUAGCGCACCAGACAGCAGUCAAUGACGCGUUGACACUCGAGUUAAUGAAUGUGGUUGAACAAAUGAAACAACAAAAGUCAGUCGUUGAUGAAAUGAAGAUGGUCGUUUUGCAAUUAAACCAUAAAAAUGAAGAAACUUUAAAAGAUAACGAAACAUUGAAACAUCAGGUUGCAGAUUUAAACAAAAGAGUGGAAAAACUGGAAGAGAAAUGUGAACCAGUUGCUCAAGAUGAAGUAAAUGAUGUUGAAUUUGUUGCGCUUGGUGUUGAAACAAAUAAAACUGAUGAUUCAGGUUUAAAGUCUGACAUGACAGCUUUACUUACUGCUUUGAAAUCACAGAACGCUAAGUCAGCCGUUCCAACCAGCGAAGCAAGUAAAACAACUUCUCAUUUCAAACCAUAUUUGUUGGAAACGGAAACUACAGAAGAAGCUUCUCAUACAAUUGCAUCCGUGCAAAGCCACUUAAAGCAUCUCCAACUACAACACCAACAAGCACAACAGAGGAUGAAUGAGUUGACGCAACAUAUACAACCAACAACCCCCAAUAUAGUGCAUCAACCUGCAACUUUUACACAACCCACUGCAGUGCAUCAACCUGCAACUUUUACACAACCCACUGCAGUGCAUCAACCUGCAACUUUUACACAACCCACUGCAGUGCAUCAACCUGCAACUUUUACACAACCCACAAGUUAUCCACAAAUACAACCAAGAUCAAACUCCCCUCCGUGCAAAGACACCAAACCCAACCCCCAGCCCUCCCAUGGUGUGCAGUAUAACCUUGACUUCUUGCAAAGUGACAACGACAGCAGUGAUCUAUUGGAAGGUGAUGACAGUAGCUCAAUUUCAAUUUCAAGCGCAAGCCUCAUAUCCCCUCAAGUUACACAACACCAGAACAAAGAAAUAUUGACAGGAAUAAAGAAAACUCAAGUAAGCCUUGAGGACAGGAUAUCAGAGUUAAACAAGCAACACGCCGAGGCUCAAAGUAGAUUGCAGAGGUUGGUUGCAAGAAGAAGGGGGGGGACAAGGUCAUAACAACGGCACUGGUUGUUAUAGGCCCAAACUUGCGCUGGCGCCUGGCCGGUUAGUUUUGUUUUACAGGAGUAGGCAUCUGACUAUCCCUGCCUCCCCUGUGUUUUAAAAAGUUUCUCCCAAUGCAAGAAGCACAAAACUUGGACUGGCAGCAUGGAGAAGCCUACCCUAAAAUUAGUAAACAUUGAAACCAAUAAGUUGAAUUUGUUAUGCCUAAAUGCGCAUCUAACUAUUCUUGUCUUUCCUGCAUUUUAAGAAGUUGGCACACAUGCUGCUACUAAAGACUAUAUAUUGUAGUAGGUAAAAAUUAAUUCCAUUUUAAUUGUAGCGUGCUGCUAUUAUAUUCAAACUUAAUUAUAGUAGGGUGGGGGAAGACGGGACAUCUUUUCGUUUAGUUUUCUCUUUUCAUUUGGUAGUAAACAAAGAACAUUCAAUGAAUUAUAAAACCGUAUCUUCACGACUUCCACAGACCGUUGUUAAUUGUUUAAAACACGAUCAGGCUAUUUGGAUAUUAUGUGUUAAAGGUGUCCCAUCUUCCCUCACUCUACUAUAUCUAUGUGUUUAUGUUUUUGUUCACUAGCUUUCGGCCAUUGUUUUUAUAUUACAAUAGAUUAGAUAUUUCACUUGAUAUCUGGUUUUGAUUUAUUAAUUUCCCGUGCGGAGCAACCGCGUAUGAUACGUCGAUAUUAUAACAGCAUAGAUAGCGCAUGUCGAUAAUCAAGAACAACUAUAUAUGAGGCUACACACUAAACAGAAACAAGAAAUAAUAAAAUGCGUGAUGUUUUUAUUAUUUGUAAGCAACAUUAAAGACGUAAAGUUUCCCCAAGAAGCAAUAAACGUUAAGAAGAAA